UAUAAAGUACAAUGAAUGAUGACGGGCGAAAAUUCUGAAAUCUGAAAAAUGCAAUGCGAAUCAAAAUACAAUAGUAGGUAGAUAGUGUGCAUUACAGUAAAUAAGAUUAAUAGAACGUAUAACUACAGGAACAUUAUUUAAAAAAAGUGUCAAACACGUCUUAAUAAGUGUUUCAUUAAUUAAGAUAACUAUGGACAGUCAACCCUGCAUAUUUUUGGGUAUUAAGAUAAAGCCUGGCCCAAUAGAAAGGUGUAAAAUUGAAAAUUUUACAUUAGAUAACACUGUGGACAGUCUUAAAAGUGAAGCAGAAAAGAAAACAAAUGUUCCAUCUGCUUCCCUAGAACUAAUACACCAUGGGAAAAUUUUGAAGGAUGAUGUCACUCUUCAAGAUAGCGGCGUUAAAAAUGGUGAGAUGAUUCAUGUGGUGAAGAAGAAGGUACAGGCUGCAGCAGCACCACCACCAACAUACUCCGACGCUGAGCUGCAGCAGCUCAACACAUCUUUGAGGACAUUGGGAUGCACUCCUAAUGCUCCUGGGUGGACAAGAGCAAUGCAGCUGUUAAAUGACGAAUCUGCAAUGGCAGAGAUUAUUGAACAAGCACCGUCUAUCGGAGAGGACUGUGUGGCUCUAUCUAUUUUACAUGAGGUGGAACUGUUAGCGGCGUUAGGAGCAAACAUUCACACAAUGCGGCGAGGGGCUACUGCUCAUCCUCAAUUACCGGCAGCUCUGCGACACCUGACGAGGCUCGUGCGUUCACGGUCUAAUACUAGUUCAUCUAAUGAAAGUGUGCCAACUUCAGGAUUUGCAUACUCAUUGGAAGCAUUGUCUGAGGAUGAAGAUGCUGAUGAAGAAGAGAAUGAGGAAGGUGAAAGGAACCCCAUCACUCAUGAGCAGUUUGCUGCUGCUCUACAGGCAGCAACAGAAGCUGUGUCGUCUACGAGCAGUCGAGCUGCAGGGAGUAACGACAGUUUGCUGAGGCUGCUUCAAUCUGCGGGCGAGUCCAGCAGAACCACCUCGUCGGCCACCGAGUCUGGCACGCCCACUGGCGGACCAAGUUCGACACGCCCUCUGAUAACACCGGAGAUGUUCAGCGAGGCGAUCUCAGAGGCCAUGAACAGAGCUGGUAGCACUAGGAACACUGCUGGCACUCCAAUGGAUCAGAGCACAGCAGAAAAUUCAAAUGUUACAGCUUCGUCUUCGCAAAGUCCGGUGGCGAGGGAAGCUGGUCAAGAUUUCUCAACACAGCUCAAUCACAUGCACGAAAUGGGCUUGUUAGACGAUGCGCUGAACAUACGCGCUCUGCUUAUUUGCUCAGGAGAUGUUAAUGCUGCUAUAAACCUCGUCUUUAGCGGAGCUAUUGGAGAUGAUUAAAUUAUAUCCAUAUUAAAAUACUAUGUAACGAAGUGUAAUCAUGUCAGUGCUGUAGAUUUCUUCUCACAUUAUUAUCGAUGUAGGUAUCUAGUUACUUUAUUCUUACUGGUUUGUUUGCAAGACUGAAAAAUUUAAUAUUUUCAUCCAAAAUAAUGUUUAGAGUGACUUUUCGCUUAAUAUUACCUAUUGAUUUAUUUGUCCAUUGUCAAUAUUGUUUUAUGAGAAACAUUCAAAUAAAUACUAAAACAACUU